AUGAAGAGUAAAGCUCCACAACUUCAUUUGGAAUAUAGAUUUUAUAAACUUCUAGGACAGUCUGGUGAGUACUCGGUCAUGCAUUUUAUUCGACGGAUAGAGUACGUACAUACGAAGCACCUCAUUUACCGCGAUGUUAAACCGGAAAACUUCCUGAUAGGACGGUAUUCAACUAGAAAACAGCAUAUACUUCACAUCAUUGAUUUUGGUCUUGCUAAGGAAUACAUCGACUGUGAUACGGGUAAGCAUAUUCCUUACCGAGAACACAAGUCAUUGACCGGUACUGCGCGGUACAUGUCUAUCAAUACUCAUCUUGGGAAGGAGCAAUCUCGAAGAGACGACUUAGAGGCUCUUGGACAUAUGUUC